GCCAGCCCGGGACGCCUCGCUCUGCCCGCUCCGCUUCGCUCGCCGCUCUGCCCCUCCGCGCCAGGCAUGGCCCCCAGCACUGUGGCCGUGGAGCUGCUCAGCCCCAAGGAGAAGAACAGACUGCGGAAGCCAGUGGUGGAGAAGAUGCGCCGCGACCGCAUCAAUAGCAGCAUCGAGCAGCUGAAACUGCUGCUGGAACAGGAGUUCGCGCGGCACCAGCCCAACUCGAAGCUGGAGAAGGCGGACAUCCUGGAGAUGGCCGUCAGCUACCUGAAGCACAGCAAAGCCUUCGCCGCGGCCGCUGGCCCCAAGAGUCUGCAUCAGGACUACAGCGAGGGCUACUCGUGGUGCCUGCAGGAGGCUGUGCAGUUCCUGACGUUGCACGCCGCCAGCGACACGCAGAUGAAGCUGCUCUACCACUUCCAGAGGCCCCCGGCCGGGCCCACCGCGCCUGCCAAAGAGCCCCAGGCGCCCGGUGCCGCGCCCCCGCCCGCGCGCUCCUCGGCCAAGGCCGCCGCCGCCGUGCGCCAGCCCGCCUGCGGCCUCUGGCGGCCCUGGUGACCCGGCGGCCUAGCGGUCGCCCGGCCUAGGACCAGAGGGCGAGCCGUUCCUCUCGAGUGUAGGGAAGACCUUCCCAGCCGCAGUCCGGCCCCGGGUUGAAUGCACCCUUCUCCGGAAGGCUCCCUCCCCAGGCUGGCAGGCCAGCAAGGGGGUCAUCGUCAGAGAAUGUGUGUGCAACGUCCUUGUCAUUUUAGGACAAUCAGGGCCCAUUUUCUGCCGAGUGUCUGACCCCGUGGGGUUGUUCUGUGUUUGCAUUUCAGCAAGUGACUUCUGGGAAGUCCCCGGCUGCCGGGGUUCUAUGAUAUUUGUAGGGUCAGGGGCUCGGCCUGCUGAAGCCCCAUCCUGUAGAGGACUUUCUUCAGGGCCUGUUGCUGCUGGGCAGGGCGCCCGCAGGCGGGCCAUGCCAUGGGCAUGCUUGCCUUUUGUGAAGGCGGAACUCGGGUGUAUCCUCAUAGGAAGUACUCAGCCUGCUUGGGUGCCUGGACCAUGGGUGUCGUGGUCCUAAGGUCCACAUGGGCUUGGUUGUCUGGUGGAGGCUCAUAGUGGGCUGUUUGGGGAGGGGGGUCUCCACUGUGAUCCUUAAAGGAUUUCUUUGUG